GGAGUGGAGCAGAAAGGCCAGUCUCCAUCACCCGUGAAAUGCAAAGCAAAGCAAUCCCAGGACCUGGAAGACGAUAAUGAGGGUGACAGUGACACUGAAGUGAAGCCAAGCACCGAGGAGCUGGAAAAUCAGAAUCAAGAAGAAGAUGCAGCAAAACUGACAGUUACAAACAGCUCAACAGAUGGAGGAGAGAACCUAUGCAAGGAAAAAGAAUCCUCUCAAGAUUCCAGAGCUACGCAAGAGCACAAUCCGAUGCCUCAAACAAUCUGUGAACAAGAUCAAGCUGAUGCAAAAGGACUUGAGAAUGAAUCCAAUGAAGUUGACAUGAACACUCAGGCAGAGUCUCAGGCCACCAACAUGGAAACAGAAGAUGCUUUGAUAACACCGGAGGAGACAGUGAAGGAGGGGGAAAUGCAGGUCCCUGAAGUAGAUACAACUAAUCAAGAGAGCAAAGGGGAAGCGAAAGAAGGAGCAGACCAAGGGAAAGGGAAGCAGACUACAGAGGCAGAACAAACUGAAGGCGAUACAGAAAACAUUUCCAGUAAUGAUGUUGAAAUGAAUAGUCAGGUUGAAAACAUAGAUGAACCUACAGAAUCCCAGAUGGAAAAUUAAUUGGCAGAGGACCAUGACAAGAGAAGAGAACAGGCUGUGAAACAAGAACUGCGGUCAUUGGUGGAUUGUAUGGCAACCUUCUGACUUAGCAGCUCACAGCACACCCGCGAGUGCAAAAGGGGAUGGGGGAGGGCAGGGGGGUGAAUGGACAACGACUCUUCUUAACUUAGUUUCUCUUCUCUUUCAUUUUGUUCUGUAAGCAAUGCGGAGCUUCUCUGGUUUGGUUGUGGUGUCUUCUCUUUGUUUGUUUUUUGCUUCAUCCCUGGAUUUUCUGUGUCUGCUUUCAGAAACCUAAUCCUGAACCCACCUCCUUGUCAGCCACAUGCUUCUGUAGAAGAUAAACUUUCCUAAGUUUGGAUAUGA